CCCAAUCAUCAUCCCUUCCCACAUCUUCCUUCUUCAUUCUUCCUUCUUCAUUCUCCCCUGCAAGCAAAACAAUAAGAUAAGGUGAUCAUAUUCAUCUCAUCUCCCUCCAUUUCCCAACCCCACAAAAAAAUCAUGCUUUCCCUCUCUUCCCCAAAACCCCCAUCUCUCUCCUUCUCCUCCACCCUCUUCUCCACCACAAAACUCCCUCUCAUCCCCACCACACCCUCUUCUCUCCGUCAAAUCAUCAAACCCACUUCCAAACUCCACUCCGCCAACUCCCCUCCACCUAUAGUCCCCAACCUCAUCAUCCCUUCUUCUUCCUCCCCAUCUCCACAACCUCAAAACCUUUACCAACCUUUCCGUCCUCCCCCCAACCCCCUCCCUCAAAAAUACAAAAACCUUGACACCGCCUCCAUCAUUGAUGUCCUCGCCAAUCGUCUCGGCUUAUGGUAUGAAUACGCUCCCUUAAUCUCCUCCCUCUUUCGCGACGGUUUCACCCCUCCUUCUAUUGAAGAAUUAACUGGCAUUACUGGUGUCGACCAAAACCGACUUGUUGUUGCUGCUCAAGUGCGUGAGACUAUUGCUGAUUCUCCUGACCUUGAUCCUGAAACUCUCGCGUUUUUUGAAUCUGGAGGUUCUGAGCUUUUGUAUGAGAUUCGAUUACUUUCGACGUCGCAGCGUGCUGCUACUGCUAAUUAUGUUGUGAGGAAUAAGUUGGAUGGGGAAAAGACUAGGGAGGUUGCAAGGGCUAUUAAGGAUUUCCCUCGUGGGAAGGAGGAGGUUGGGUGGAGGUGUUUUGAUUAUACUAAGCCUGGGGAUUGUUGGGCUUUUUGGUUGUUUAGGCUUUCGAGGGAGUUUAUUAAUAAUGCUGAUAAGAGGAGCUCGGCUUUGACGGCUGCGUUGGAGGCUGCGGAGACUGAUAGGGCGAGGGAGGCGAUUAAUGAGGAGAUUCAUGGGAAGGUUGAGGAGAUUGUGGAGGAGAUAAUGAAAGAGGCAGUGAAGGUGCCGGUUGUGAGGUUGAGGAUGGGGGAGGUGGCCGAGGCGACUAGUGUUGUUGUUUUGCCGGUUUGUGAGGCGGUUGAGGGGGAGAGUGGGGUUGGGAGUGUGCCUUUGGAGUGUAGGAGUGAUGGACAUUUUGGUAUUGUGAAGGCAGAGAAAGGGUGGGAUAGGUGGGUUGUGCUUCCUAGGUGGGCACCUGUGGCGGAGAUUGGGGGUGGUGGGGUGGUUGUGUCGUUUAGGAAUGCCAAGGUGUUGCCGUGGAAGGUGAAUAGGACGUAUGUGGAGGAGCCGAUUUUGGUGGUGGCGGAUAGGGGGAGGAGAGAAAUUGAGUAUGAUGAUGGGUUUUAUUUGGUGGCUGGGAUGGGUGAUGAUGGUUAUGAGGGAGGGUUGAAAUUGGAGAGGGGUUCUGCUUUGAAGAAUAUCGGGGUGAGUCAGUGUUUAGGGACGGUUGUUAUUGUGGUUAGGCCACCUAGAGAUGAGGGUGAUGAUCAGUUAAUAAGUGAUGAAGAUUGGGAUUAAUAAGUGGUUAGUUUUAGAAGGGUUCAAUUCUUCUUGUGGUGACUGCUUUUGUGCAUUGUUAGCUUUGCAUAGAUGGAAGAGAGACCAAAAAAGUGUUAUGUCGAUGUAGUAAUGUUGUAUGAUGAUGCCUGUUGUUAGAGUACAGAGCUUGUAAUUUUUUUGUUUUGUUUUUGAAAUGGAUACAUAUGUCAUGAUCUUUUACACAGACGUGAAUUUCUAGUGUACUUGCAAAACAAUUGUUUGAUUGAGCCGUGGAAGAAUAUAUGGAGUAUCAAAUUUUGCUGA